UUGCUAUCUUGAAAGCCUCAAAAUCUGAAACAAAAGAAAAGAAUCCAUUUGUGUUUGUGCAUUAUCGAAAAUGCUCCUUCAACACUUUGUGUCUCUCAAAAACCCUAACACUCCUCACAUUCUCUCCUCUUCCCUCUCUUAUUCUUCGGCAACACUUCCCUCCGUCUUCAACCCUUCUUCUUCCACCUUCCUUCACGCGCAACUCACGUGUCCUCGCACCCUCUCUGUCACGUGCACUGCCUCCGACGCCCAAACCGUGGGUUACAGGCGAAAACCCGCUGAAGCGUGGAAAGCUAUAUGCAAGAGGAUAUCGUUGAUUGAGAAGCCGGAAGUGGAUUCUUCUACUGUGUUGAAUCAGUGGGAGAGUAAAGGAAAAUGGAUCAAGAAAUUGGAUGUUUGUAGAGUCAUCAAAGACUUGAGAAAAUUCAACAAGCAUAGAAGGGCACUUGAGGUAUAUGAUUGGAUGGACAGAAGACCAGAGAGAUAUAGAAUAACUCCGAGUGACAUUGCAAUUCAGUUAGAUCUAAUUGCCAAAGUUCAUGGAGCUCCUAGUGCAGAAGCAGUUUUUCUGAGGCUGCCUGAUAAGGCAAAAAACAAGAGGACAUAUGGAGCCCUUUUGAAUAUAUAUGUGCAGUUUCAGUUGAAGGAAAAGGCAGAAUCUUUAUUCGACACAAUGAAGAGUAAAGGUCAUGCAAUUGAAUCAUUAACAUUUAAUGUAAUGAUGACUCUGUACAUGAACUUCAAGGAUUAUGAUCAGGUUGAUAUGUUGGUUUCAGAAAUGAUUAAGAACAACAUCAAGCUGGAUGCCUAUUCAUAUAAUAUCUGGCUAUCUUCUUGUGGAUCUCAAGGAUUAACAGAAAAGAUGGAACAAGUGUUUGAUCAGAUGACAAAGGAUCCUAACGUAGUUCCUAACUGUUCCACAUUCACGACAAUGGCUACAACUUACAUUAAGAUGAAUCUGUUCGAAAAAGCAGAAGAGUGCAUAAGAAACGCUGAGAGCAAAAUCGAAGGUCGGGACAGAAUACCUUAUCAUUAUAUCCUAAGUUUAUAUGGAAGUAUUGGAAAGAAAGAUGAAGUUUAUCGCGUGUGGAAUAACUAUAAAUUAAGUUUUCCCAGUAUACCAAACUUGGGAUACCAUUCCGUUAUUUCUUCCCUGGUUAGAAUGGAUGAUAUUGAGGGUGCAGAAAAUCUCUAUGAGCAAUGGGUUUCAGCAAAAGCAUUUUAUGAUCCUAGAAUAGGAAACCUUCUCAUAGGUUGGUAUGUUAAGAAUGGCAAUACAGAUAAAGCUAUUAGGUUCUUUGACAGGAUGAAAGAAGAUGGUGGAGUUCCAAAUCCAAGUACUUGGGAGCUUCUAUCUAUGUUGCAUAUUGCAGAUAAAAGGGUAACUGAAUCUCUGUCUUGCUUGAAAGAAGCUUUUGUGGCUAAAGGUUCAAAAAGUUGGAGACCAAAUGCUACAAACUUGGACGCGUUCUUUAAGCUUUGUGAGGAACAAGGAGACAUGGCAUGCGCCAAUGAUUUGAUCGAGUUGUUGAAGAAAUCAGAAUUUGUUAAAGAUGAAGUUUAUGCAUCAAUGAUUGGCUUAUCUGAUGGUACCAUUGGCAAAGGUGAAUGUUCAAGUAAGAUUGAUGCAGUAGAUAAAACUAUGGAUGAUAACUCGCAAAUGUUGAACCAAAUGGAAAGUAGUUUUUGAUUAAUUUUUUUUCCGGUUUCUUUUUUAGAUGUGGAUACUGUCGUAGUUUUUGUGUUUAGGUUUUUUAUUUAAAUAAAUAAAAUUUAAAUAUUUGGAGAUA